GGGAGCAGGAGCUGACCGGCUCCUCUUCUUCCCCCUUUCUUCUCCCUCGCCCCGACCGCAACCCUAAUUCCAAGCCUCGCCGCAAAUCCCCUCCCGAUCUCUCUAAUUGAUGUGUCGAUCCGCCUAAUCCCCGCCUCUUACGUGCUCACCCGUUAAUUUGUCGGAUCGGUCGAGGAUCGGAGGGUCGGGAGGAGGCUUGCCCGCCGCGAGCGAUGCCGUCGUACGCGGAUCUGGACCGCCAGAUCGAGCACCUGAGGGAGUGCAAGUUCCUGCCGGAGGCGGAGGUGAAAGCCCUCUGCGAGCAGGCGCGGACCAUCCUCGUGGAGGAGUGGAACGUGCAGUCGGUGAAGUGCCCCGUCACGGUUUGCGGGGACAUCCAUGGGCAGUUCCACGACCUUAUCGAGCUGUUCCGGAUCGGUGGCGACGCGCCGGACACCAAUUACCUCUUCAUGGGCGAUUAUGUAGAUCGUGGUUAUUAUUCUGUUGAGACGGUCACCCUUUUAGUUGCCUUGAAAGUUCGUUACAGAGAUAGGAUUACAAUUCUUAGAGGAAAUCAUGAGAGCCGGCAAAUAACUCAAGUAUAUGGCUUUUAUGAUGAAUGCUUGAGAAAGUAUGGAAAUGCAAAUGUGUGGAAGUACUUUACCGACCUGUUUGAUUAUUUACCUCUUACAGCUCUUAUUGAGAAUCAGAUAUUCUGUUUGCAUGGUGGUCUCUCCCCAUCCUUGGAUACAUUAGAUAAUAUCCGCGCUCUUAAUCGUAUUCAGGAGGUUCCACAUGAAGGUCCUAUGUGUGAUCUUCUUUGGUCUGAUCCAGAUGACAGAUGUGGGUGGGGAAUAUCACCAAGAGGAGCAGGAUACACUUUCGGGCAAGAUAUUGCUCAACAAUUUAAUCAUACAAAUGGUCUCACACUGGUAGCCCGAGCUCACCAACUUGUUAUGGAAGGUUACAAUUGGUGUCAGGAUAAGAAUGUUGUUACGGUAUUUAGUGCACCAAACUAUUGUUAUCGUUGUGGUAAUAUGGCAGCCAUAAUGGAGAUUGGAGAGAACAUGGAACAGAACUUCCUUCAGUUUGAUCCGGCACCACGACAGAUUGAACCUGAAACUACCCGGAGAACUCCUGACUACUUUUUGUAAUGUUGAUAACCCUCACCUUGCACUGUUUGUCUACCACAAGCUUGUUCUGCAGAUGUGUAACUAGAAGAGAGUUUCAGUAGUUGAAGAGACCAUCAUCAUUCUUUUGCUUGGGCUUUUAGCUGCUGCUACUGCUGCCGAUUGCAGGACAGACUCAAGGUGCUCCUGCCGUGCAUUGUUGUUGUCUUUGGAAAGAAUCGAGGAAGCAGCAAGAAGCAUGAUUCUCAUGUUUUAUGCACGUUUCCGUUUGGAAAAAAAACGCGGACGGUAUGGUUGCUUGCGCUUGUUUGAUUAUGAGAUUUUUGAUGGACUUUUCACUGUGUGUUGUUCUAUUAAAUUUCUUCACAUCAAAAGACAAAUCACUCAAAAUUUCAGUAAUAGCAGAAUUUCACUGUAAGAUUGUGGUUCUCUA